AUGACUGUGUUCGUCGAGGUCGCCGAGCGCGGAAGCCUGACCGCGGCCGCCGAGGUGCUGGACAUGUCGCGGGCGAUGGUCAGCCGCUACCUGGCCGAGGUCGAAGGCUGGCUGGGGGCGCGCCUGCUGCACCGGACCACGCGCCGGGUCAGCCUGACCGGUCCCGGCGAAGCGGCGCUGGCGCGCUUCCGGCAGAUGCUGGAGAUCGGCGAGGCGCUGCAGGGCGAGCUGGCCAGCGAUGAUCCCGAGCCGCACGGCACGCUGCGGGUGACCGCCAGCGUGUCGUUCGGGCAGAGCCAUCUGGCGCGCGCGGUGGCCGGUUUCGUCGCACGCCACCCGGCGGCGCGCAUCGAGCUGCUGCUGGUCGACCGCACGGUGAACCUAGUGGAAGAGCGGGUGGACCUGGCGGUGCGCAUCGCGCGCCAGAUCGAUCCCAGCCUGAUCGCGCGGCGGCUGGCCACCUGCCGCUCGGUGCUGUGCGCGACGCCGUCCUACCUGCAGGCACGCGGCACGCCGACCGCUCCCGAGCACCUGGCCGCACACAACUGCCUGACCCACCACUACGUCGGCAAGAGCCUCUGGCAGUUGCACCGCGACGGCCGUUCGCUGUCGGUGGCGGUGGGCGGCAACAUCAGUGCCAACGAGGCCUCGCUGCUGCUGGAGGCGGUGCGGGCCGGUGCCGGCAUCGCGAUGCUGCCGACCUACCAGGUGGCGCCGCUGCUGCGCACUGGCGAGCUGAUCGAACUGCUGCCGGAUUUCAGCCUGGACGAACUCGGCAUUCAUGCCGUGUACGCAUCACGGCGCCAGCAGCCCGCUAUCAUGCGACCUGGAUUGGCGCCCGCCGGGCAAGGAGAACACAUGAACCAUGGACAGGCCUUGAUCGACCACAACCGUGCUGCCUGGGACCGCCAGGCCAGCGAGGUGCGCGAGUGGUCGCGCCCGGUUGAAAGCUCAACCAUCGCCGCCGCGCGCGAAGGGCGCUGGCAGGUGCAUCUGACGCCGCGUGCACUGCCGCUGGACUGGCUGGGCGAUGUGCGCGGCCGCCGCAUCCUGUGCCUGGCUUCGGGCGGGGGACAGCAGGCGCCGGUACUGGCCGCGGCCGGUGCCGAGGUCACCGUGUUCGACCUGUCCGACGGGCAGCUGGAGCAGGACCGCCAGGUCGCGGCGCGCGAUGGCCUGCAGUUGCGCACGGUGCAGGGCGACAUGCGCGACCUGCACGCGUUCGCCAACGGCAGUUUCGAUGUGGUGUUCCAGCCGAUCUCGAACCUGUACGUGCCCGACGUGCGCCCGGUGUGGAGCGAGUGCCAUCGCGUGCUCGCGCGCGACGGCAUGCUGAUGGCCAGCUUCUACAACCCGGUGCUGUUCGUUGGUGCGCGCGAUCCGCAGCUGGAUGCGCAGGGCUUGAUCCGGCCGCAGUACGCCAUUCCCUAUUCGGACCUGGAAGACCUGGCACCGGCCGAGCGCGAGGCCAAGCUGGCGCGCGGCGAUGCGCUCACCUUCGGCCACAGCCUGACCGAACUCAUCGGCGGUCAGCUCGACGCCGGCUUCGUCAUCGAUCGUUUCAUGGAAGACUGGCAGCCGCAGCCGCGCUUUCUGAUCGACCGUUAUCUGCCCACGUUCCUGGCCACCCGCGCGCGCAGGAUCGGCUGA